AUGUCUGACCACGAGCGCAAGGUGACGGAGGAGAGAGACGAGGCCGUUGGCUACGCCUCCAAGGAGGCCAUUGACCAUGAGGGCCAGCGUCGCAGAGUGAGCCUCGCCGAGAACCUCGAGGGUGAGAUCCAGAACCCCCUCCGAGGCGUUCCACGCGAGGCUCUCCUCGAGAGAGUCGAAAAGUUCCACCGCGACAAGGGCCUGCCGGCCGACGUUCUGCCCCUGCUGCGCAAGGGUGCCCUGGUCGCCCAGAACCCCGUCGGCUUCGAGACCAUCGACGACCUCGACGAGGCCGACAAGCUCGCCCUCAGAGAGGAGGUCACUCAUCGCUGGAAGCACCCUUGGGCCCUCUACUACACAAUCUUCCUCAACUCGAUCGCUGCCGCCAUCCAGGGUUGGGAUCAGACCGGCUCCAAUGGCGCCAAUUUGUCUUUCCCCGUCGCUCUGGGUAUCCCGGACUCGGCUGGCUCCUCCUGCGGGCCGGUCGCAAGCGAGGGAGACUGUGCUAAGAAUAGCUGGAUCAUUGGCCUCGUCAAUGCCAUGCCUUACAUCACCAUUGCCCUGUUUGCCGGCUGGAUCUCCGACCCUCUCAAUGACUGGAUGGGCCGUCGUGGUGUCAUCUUCGUGGCGGCCAUCUUCUCCCUCCUCGCUCCCUUUGGUAUGGCAGUGUCCCAGACCUGGCAACAGCUGCUCGUGUGUCGUAUGCUUCUCGGAAUCGGCAUGGGUCUGAAGGAAGUGACUGUCCCUGUCUUCUCAGCUGAGAACUCGCCCGCCGCCAUCCGUGGUGGUCUUGUCAUGUCCUGGCAAGUCUGGACGGCUUUCGGCAUUUUCCUGGGUACCUGCGCCAACCUGGCAGUCGGAAAGACCGGCGACAUUGCCUGGCGUCUCCAGCUUGGCUCUGCCUUCAUCCCUGCCGUCCCGCUCGUCAUCGGCACUUACUUCUGCCCCGAGAGUCCUCGAUGGCUGAUCAAGAAGAACAAGUUCGAGAAGGCGUGGCGCUCGCUUCUGAGGCUCCGCAACACUCCCCUGCAAGCUGCCAGAGAUCUCUUUUACAUCAACGUGCUCCUCGAGCAGGAGGAUGUGCUUGUUGAGGAGGCCGGCCUCAAGGUCACGAGCAACCUGUUCACUCGCUUCAUCGAGCUGUUCACCAUCCCGCGCAUUCGCCGCGCCACUUGGGCCGCCGGUAUCGUCAUGAUUGCCCAGCAGAUGUGCGGAAUCAACAUUGUUGCUUUCUACAGCAGUACCAUCUUCAAGCAGAGCGGCAUUGACGACUACACCGCGCUGUGGGCCAGCUUUGGCUUUGGCAUGAUUAACUUCAUUUUCGCCUGGCCCGCCGUUUGGACCAUCGACACCUUUGGCCGGCGCACCCUGCUCCUGUUUACCUUCCCCAACAUGUUCUGGACCCUGCUCGCCGCCGGCCUCUGCUACCUUAUCGAGCCUGAUGUUGAGCACAGCACCGCUCGCAUUGCUGCCGUGGCGACCUUUGUCUAUCUCUUUGCUGCAUUCUACUCUCCUGGCGAGGGACCCGUACCCUUCAUGUACUCGGCCGAGGUCUUCCCCCUGUCCCACCGCGAGGUUGGCAUGUCCUGGGCCGUCGCGACCAACAACUUCUGGGCGUCGGUCCUGUCGCUCACUUUCCCGCGUAUGCUUACGGCCAUGUCGUCGGUCGGCGCCUUUGGCUUCUACGCUGGGCUGAACUUGGUGGCACUCGUGCUCAUCUUCCUCUUCGUUCCCGAGACGAAGCAGAAGACGCUCGAGGAACUCGACUACGUGUUUGCUGUUCCCGACCGCACGCACGCUAGUUACCAGCUCUUCACCGUUCUGCCUUGGUGGAUCAAGCGCUGGAUCUUCUUCCAGACUGACGCCGUCUGCCCCGAGCUGUACAAGGACGAGACCCGGGUUGCCUACAAGGGAUAA